AUGAAAAACCACAUUUACAUCGCCACUGGAAACUUGGAGGAGAUUGUCCAACCCAUGCUGGGAACGCUGUCACCAGCCCAGUGGGCCUUGCUUUCGCAGGGUCUAUCGGAUUCCCAAAUAACAACAGUCCUGGGAGAUAUUAUCACCACCAUUUUUCAGCAAUGUGUGGAAAAUGCAUUGAGGAUCCUUAUUCCACAGACUGGAGAGAAUCUGCAGCCUGGUGUAAAGACCGCAACCCCAACGGAAAGUAUCCGAGUGAGUUUGACCAACAUGAUUUCAACAGAAAUCGCAAAUGUCCUGCAUGUUGAACCCGAAUUCUGUCCUGAAGGCGAGGAGUUAAACAUCUUAAUGCAAGAGGAGAUCUCUAGUAAAGUUACAUCCCUGACCAAUGAAAUGUUAAAGUCCCCCAAUUACCCUGAGGAAUCUGCAGUAUACGUGAGCCGACACUUUACCAACUGGAAAAACUACGUCAAAAUGAUCCAAAAUACAUUGAAAUGUGUUCAACAACAUAUAAACAGAGUCAAAACUGGAUGUUUUGUCAAAUAUUCGAACACAUUCAUGACAAAACAGGCAACACCAAAAGCAGAGACCACACCUGACUUUUCAGAGACAAGAAGUCUUUUAAGCAUAAAAAGUCACUUUGACCAAAGAACAGCUACUAAGAGCAUUUUUCAGAUAUUAACUAAACAUACAAAAGACCUUCCUGAUGUUGAUUCCACUGAAUUAUUGCAUCUGUCAGAGGAAAUCCGCCAAACUGUUCACAAGGACCUUCAUUACUGUAUGUCAGACGAUUCAGCUGCGAAAUGUUCAUGCAUCCCACAUAUUAACAUCCUAACAGUUAUGAAUAUGAUCAGCCGCUUUUUCCUAUGCCACAGAACUGCUCCAGGUAACAAACAGUCAGAAACAACAAGCACACGAGAAUUUUCCAAGUUUAUAGCGGAGCAAUUCAGAAUCAUGGUAUCUUCUUUGGAAAAAUCGCUGCAUUCAACUGAAAAACUGGUAAAACUGGAAAAUGACUGUUCAUCUAACGGAUGGAAAUGGAUCAUGUUAAAUGAAUGCAUUUCAGAGCUUUCGCUGGUCGACGACAGCACACAAGCGCUAAAGAUCGACGGCACGGACUGCUUUCUCCUGAUGUAUUUGAAUUGCAUAAAACCUCAAAUUAUGCAGUUGUGUGCAGAACCCAUGGAAAACCCAUUACUGAAUGAGACGACCCAAAAGUUGGAACGGGAGCUGACAGACAAAUUAUAUUUCUACUUACUGGGGGGCCAUUUUCAUCCACCUCUUGUUCGUCCAAAACGAAAAUUUCUUUCAGACUCUGUCCUCUCUUUACAGAAAGUAAGAGACAUUUCUGGCCAGAUCCAAAUUAGCCCUGAUGUCUUGUAUGCCAGAACACAAGAGGAGUAGCUCUUCAUCUCUGUGAUUUUCCGGCCUGGACUGCUCCUGCUUUGACACCUGCUCUGGAUUCUUGCUCCCGAUUCUUCUACUCUUCCUUGUCUG